GGUGGCUGAUUAUCUUCGUCGAAGGGAAGAGGAAAAGAGGCUCGAGUUGAAGGAAGCCGAGCAGGCAAGACAGAACAGUGUGCUUUACGAACGUCAGCAACAACUCAAUAAGCUCCAGGAAUACGGCCAGAACAAGAAGUGGAAGGAGCUGACUCGGGAGCAGGUCGAGGAGCGGCGCGCCCUUGAAGAGAAGCGGCGCUGCGAGGAGCGACAGCUGGAGGAGGAGCGUCGGGCGUUCGGCCUGUACCGUCUGAGACUGGCCGAGGCCGAGCUGCAGCGACACGCCGACACGCUGCGUCGGAGUCGACAGCGGUCCGACGCGGCCUGCGCCCGGCUGGCCGAGCUGACCGCCGCCGCCGGCGACCAGGAGCGGGCCGCCGAGCGGACGGGCGCCGCCGCCGCCGCCGGCCACAGACAGGCACAGGGCAGGCGGCGGGAGGCGGAGCGGGAGGCGGCCCGCGCUGCGCUCGACAGCACCGUGCGCCGCGCCUGGUCGGCCGACCGACGAGACCGCCAGCAGCGGCUGCGGGAGGAGGCGGAGCGCACGCGCCGGGAGGCGCUCGCCCGGGAGCAGCGGAACGCUCGACUGGCGGCCGAGCUCGACUGGCUCCGGCAGCGGGCGGCCAGCAGAGGCGCCGGCUGCCGGCGGCAGUGGAGGCAGCAGAAGAAGGAAGCGGAUGCGUCAAUAAUAAAAGAAGCGGAAUUGGAAUUUAAACAGUCACAAGAAGUGGAUAGAGCGACUCGACGGGAGCAGGAAGAAUAUGAGAAUAGAUUGAAAAGAGAGACUGACCGCCUAAGGAAAAAUGACAGGAGUAUUAUUCCUUUGAAGGCUCAAGCAAGAGUUCCAGCGCCAGGAUUCGACUACGUCGCGAAGUCAAAGGCACAACAGUAUGAAUCAUGACCAGGGCGCCAUUGAAGUCCGGAGACGAAUGUUCGACUUUGAACUAAAUGUGGCUCGGAAACAGGCAGUGAUGCCAUUCUCCGCGCAUGUGUCCUGUAUAUACAUACAAGUCGAUUAGGCAUUGAUACUUCCUAGUCUCUUGGACUUUGUCUUAUAUGUAUGUGCCGGGUUGAGGGUUCGGUGGACUAAACUGUCGUGUCGUGAA